UCAUCAGAGAGCUGGGCAUGUCUGGGGUCGUAUUCUGGUCUUUAGAGCACGACGAUUUUAACAACCGUUGUGGGAAUGGAAGCUGGCCGCUACUACGGAGUUUGGCCAGAGAACUACCACAAGACAGUUCCCGUGCACCCACAGUUGUACCGAGAGCGAGACCUUCAACUCUUCCCUCAACUGGAAAAGCUACAGCCUCGAGAGUUCCGUCUUCAACUUCCGCUCCUAUCAUUCCUAUUUCCCCGUCCAUGUCUCCAUACUCGACAACCCCUGGCUUCCACACGGACUUCUCCGGCGAAAGGCUAUUUGGAGAGAACGGUGAUGAUAAGGCACAUCCACAUCCCCCCUCGUCAUCAUCUUCAGCAUCAUCUUCGUCUGCUGCUGGGACCGACGCCUUUUCGACAGAGGACGAAGGGUUAAGCGGCACAACAAUGCCCUCAUUUUCGGAUCCAGUCCACAGCAAAUCGAGCCAAAGCGACCCCGAGGCUACAAAUGACAUUGACCCGACGCCGGGAUACCGUCAGUGCAAACUGGCUAAUCUCUUUGGCCCCUCAUUGACGUGCCCAUCAACAAGAGGCAAACCUGGAGACCCCAAAGGAUUUUAUCUUUACUGCUUCUCCGGAUUUUUCGCUAUCGAAUGUCACUGUCUGCCAGGCUACUUCUUCAACCGUUGUUUGCAGCUCUGUGACGUCAACUCCAACUUCCGGAAGUGCCCCAUUGUGCACUAGGAAUCAAUGGUUUCCCCUUGAGAAAAGAGGCAGACGACGAAGGACAAGAAUUGAUUGCACUGGCUACCGAUGUUCAUUUGUCGAAAUGUCGUCAGUGUUUUUGUUUUUUUAAGUAAUACAUUUGUAUACGUUUAUUUAUCAAAAUUUAAUUAAAAGCAUAAUGGAAACUUUUU